AUGCCUAUGUGGUGCCACCUGUUCAUCCAAACUCUCACGGGAGCUGCUCGCGCCUGGUUCGACAGCCUCCCGCCAGGAAAGAUUGAAUCAUGGGUCGAUUUCAGAACACAGUUUGUGAAUCAUUUCAGUCAGCAAAGACGUUACCAGCGCGACACAGCUGAAGUCAUGGACAUUUGGCGCCAAGAGAACGAAGGUUUAGAAGAUUUCAUCACUCGCUUUAACAAAGAGUGCUUAGAAAUUGGUGACGUAAACGAACAACUCAUGCGCGCUCAUUUCAAGAAAGCUAUUUGUUGUGAUAGCCUCAUCAGGACUAUCACAGGAAAGGAUGGAAUGCCCAAACAGUGGGAUAAGCUCAUGGAAGCUGCCAAAAUAGUUGCGCAAACUGAAAAGUCAUUGGCCGGCAACAAGAGAUCUUAUACUGAGGAUCGAUUUUCCAAGGGGAGUUCGCGCGACAACAACAAGCGCAAUAAGAACAAAGGUCACGAUUGGAAAUCCGGAAGAUCAAGGGGUUACGAUGAAAGGCCGCGCUAUAGAGAAGACGCGCGAGAAACAAUCGACAGAAUUGGUUAUCGAAAGGCAGUCAGGGAUGAUAACCGAGAAAAGCACUGGACUCCGUGUAACAUUCCUAUUUUUAUAUUAGAAUUAUAG